GUUCAUUAGUUCAUUAGUCGGAGGGAUUAGUCAGCGGACAGUCAGCAGAGACAACUGCAUAAUUAAGCUGUUUUAAACGCAUUUGCGCUUUGUUUUGAGUUACGUUCAACUGAUAGUUUUUGGCAAAAUGGCUACUAGAUCCGAAUACGCCAGACGCCAUAAAUGAACCACGUGGAGGAAGAGCGCGUCAAGAACACGUACAAGUAUUCAGAAGUAAGUCACUUCCAGAUGGGCGACGGAUUUACACGGAACAUGGAGCCGGUUAAGACUGGUCGCAUAUUUCUGGCAGCAGUAGCAGCCAACCUUUCUGCCUUUGUUGUGGGCACCUGUCUGGGCUGGACAUCGCCUGUUGGCCCCAAACUGAAAGCCGAAGAUACCUCAGACUCGCCUUUAAGCAAGCCCAUCAAUGCUGAGGAGGAUGCUUGGAUUUCAUCUUUGAUCGCCAUCGGCGCUUUGAUAGCGCCUUUUGUGGCCGGGCCACUAGCUGAUCGCAUUGGCCGCAAAUGGGUACUCCUCUCCAGCUCGGUCUUCUUUGUGAUCGCUUCCAUUCUCAACAUGGUGGCCACUGAUGUGGUCGUACUCUACUGUUCUCGUCUGAUCCAGGGCUUCGGCGUGGGUUUUGUGAUGACUGUAACCCCGAUGUAUGUCGGUGAGAUUGCUACAGACAGUGUGCGCGGCGCCACCGGAUCACUCAUGCAGCUCUUCAUUGUUUCCGGUAUUCUCUACGUCUACGCCAUUGGACCAUAUGUCUCCUAUCAGGCGCUGCAGUGGUGUUGCAUUGUCACGCCCAUUAUCUUCGAUGCCGUUUUCUUCUUCAUGCCCGAGAGCCCCUACUAUUUUGCGGGCAAGGGCCGCAAGACGGACGCUCUGCGAUCGCUGCAAUUUCUUCGUGGUCAAAGCGCUGAGGCAGUGCACGACGAGAUGGCGGAAAUUCAAGCGAACGUGGAGGAAGCGAUGGCCAAUAAGGGCACCAUUAUGGAUUUAUUUAAGAACUCAGGCAACCGCAAAGCUCUAUUCAUUUGUGCCGGCCUGAUUGCGUUCCAACAGCUCUCCGGCAUCAAUGUAGUUCUCUUCAACAGCCAGUCGAUCUUCGCCAGCGCCAACACGGGUCUCGAUCCGGCUGUUGCAACCAUAAUUAUUGGCUGCGUACAGGUCGCCUCGUCCGGUCUAACGCCUAUUGUGGCAGAUCGCCUGGGACGCAAGAUCAUGUUGCUUACGUCGGCCAGCGUAAUGACUCUGGGUCUAGCUGCUCUUGGUGCCUUCUUCUACAUGCAGCUGGAGGUCGGCGAUAUAUCCAGUGUAGCUUGGAUGCCAGUGCCAGCCUUGAUAGUGUACAACAUUGUUUACUGUACAGGAUUUGGUCCAUUGCCGUGGGCCGUCCUGGGGGAAAUGUUCCCGGCAAACAUUAAGUCAGUGGCCUCGUCCAUGGUUGCGUCGACCUGUUGGAUACUCGGCUUCGUGGUCACUCGUUGGUAUCCAGCGCUGGACGCCCUGGGAUCUUACUACGCUUUCUGGCUGUUUGCCAUCUUCUGUGUGGUAGCCUUCUUCUUCGUCCUAUUCGUCGUGAUGGAGACAAAGGGCUUGAGUCUGCAGGAGAUUCAGGAUCGUCUCAACGGCAAAACCAAGUAAACGCCUAUAGCAAGUGUAAGCUAUGUGUGUAAGAUAAUCUGUGCCGGUCACGUGGCGUAUUGUGUCCUUUGCUUUAUAGUUAAGACCUUUAUGCAAGUAUUUUAUUGCCUAGUUGUAAGCGUAAAGUUUAAUCGGUAAUUAUUACGAUGUUUCCUAAAUAAAAUAGUAGCGUGUUAAUUGA